AGUCCCUUCAUUCAGGAAACUUCACCGAGGCUGCUGAUGUUGAUUUGGAAUGGAGGCUGAUUAUGAGCGGCGAAUAGACACCACCUAGAAACGGAGUUUUACUUUGAAUUAAAGAAGAAUACAACACUGCCACCAUGACAAAUGUAUACUCCUUUGACGGCAUCCUUGUGUUUGGGCUUCUCUUCAUUUGCACUUGUGCAUACCUGAAGAAGGUCCCUCGUCUGAAUAGCUGGCUUUUGUCAGAGAAAAAGGGAGUCUGGGGAGUCUUUUACAAAGCUGCCGUAAUCGGAACACGGCUGCACGUUGGCGUGGCGCUGUCCUGUUUGUGUAUGGCGUUCUACCUGGUCUUUCUGAAAUGACAUGGACGGAGCAGCAGAACGGACACUGUUUGGAUGGUGUGCCCUGGAAUGCCAAUAGAAAUGGGGCACUGGCAGAUGCUGCCAUCUACUGGUGAGGGUGAACAUGGGCUCUGCUCCACUCUUCCAGUAUCUGUGUCCUCCGUACACAAAUGCAUACGGUUCAAACUGCUACAGUGAUCUUAUUCUUCACGUUUUCUGAUAUAAUAAUUUACCAUAGGCUUAAGUCAGAGAAAGAUGGCACUAGGUCAGUGUACACGAGUUCAGAUUGAGGGUUGACAAAAUAAGCUUAAGGAUUAAAAACUUGUAUAUUUAAAUUUUCGGCCUGUACCCGUGUAGAAAGUCUUUUUUUGUUUAUUUGUUCACCUUCAUUUAAACAGGUUGACCCAAAAUGAUGAAAAACACUAUUUUUUUCUUUUUAAAUUAUUCUCAUAUUGAGUCAUUUUGUGGGGUUUUGGCUUGGCUGUACUGUUUAUCAAAUCUUUUUUUUUUUGAUCGGUGAUUUUUUCUAAAUAUACCAUCUUUUAGCCAUUAAUUACAGCAUUAGUCAUAAUGCCCCGCUCAGAAAAGCAAGGCUUGUUUAUAUUAAAAACAGGUAAGCUUUGUGCUGUGGGAGAAAAUAGAGGCCUUUGAGACUAAAGUAAUCAAAAUCUACAUUCAUUUCCCUUCUUUUGCAUUUGGAUUUGCACGUGACCUUAAUAUACCCUCCCACCAUGCCUGUUUCACACACUGGUCAGUGAUUGACUGUAGUAAGAUGAAUUCUUAUGGGUUGCUCAAAUUUGCUCUGUAAAUACACAUAGCCAUAUAUUCUUCAGAAGGAUCGAUACAACAUGUGUACUGAAUGUUGAUAUUUGUAAAUAUAUGUGAUAGUAAAUAUAUUACGGAAAACCUUAAACAUCUUAAUGAUUGGGAUGGGUUUUUUUGUUGUUUUCUAAAGCAAUACUUUUCUAACUGAGUUGGAUUGUGUUGUCUCCUUUAGUCAGUCGCAGAUCUAGCAUAUGUAAAACAGUUCAGAAAGACUAGACAAGAUCUGCUCCAAUAGUUCACAUUUAAUACGUUAUCACUUAGUAAAUGCCAAAGUGGUCAUAACCUUGAUGUUGUUGUUCCGAUUAAACCAAGACUCUUACAGUGAACUCCUGUUAUUCGCAACUAGGUGGCAGUUACGCUCAUUGUUUUGUAUGUAAUUAUAAAUCCACUGAUGGCUUUCUGUGCUGUGCUGUUCAUAUGCUGGUUGAUAUCAAAUGGAAGGUUUUGGAACCCUUUUUGUAUUUAAAAUAAAGAACAUGCACCCUUUCA